AUGGAGCAUCGCCGGAGAGAUCAAGAUUCGUUCCCCACACCUGUUCACCCCGGCGAACUCCAAAAACCCCAGAAGCUCGCCACCACCGAAUCACACGCCGCUUCUCUCUGCAUGGCGAAUGCUGUUUUCUUCGGUUUGUUUUUUUCCGUCGCGUACUUUCUCCUCCACCGGUGGCGCGAGAAGAUCCGUACGUCAACUCCUCUUCAUGUUGUCACUGCUUCGGAAACCGCCGCUAUUGUUUCUCUUGUAGCAUCAGCCGUUUAUCUACUAGGUUUCUUCGGCGUCGGAUCCCGUGCUUCCUUCCCUGAGGAUCUCUCCGACGAAGAGAAGGAAUAUUCUAGGAAAUCAGGACCGUGUCCUGCCGCACUUGUUGGCGCCGACACGGACGCCAAACCAGCAAUAGCUCAGUCUCCCAAGAUUUACGACGUUGUUGCACCGGCGAAUCUGAAUCUCUCAACCGAAGACGAGGAGAUUGUGAAAUCGGUUGUUUCUGGUGCAAUUCCGUCGUACUCGCUGGAAUCUAGGCUUGCUGAUUGUCAAAAAGCGGCGGCCAUUCGUCGUUCGGCGGUUCAGACUAUAACAGGGAAGUCUUUGGAGGGUUUACCGUUGGAAGGUUUUGAUUACGAUUCGAUAUUGGGGCAGUGCUGUGAGAUGCCGAUAGGGUUUGUGCAAAUUCCGGUUGGUGUUGCAGGUCCAUUGCUGUUGGAUGGAGUUGAGUAUACUGUACCAAUGGCUACAACUGAGGGUUGUCUUGUUGCGAGUACUAAUAGAGGGUGCAAAGCUAUUCAUGCUUGUGGUGGAGCUUCGUCGGUUUUGCUUCGAGAUGGAAUGACUAGAGCACCUGUUGUUAGGUUUUCGUCUGCUAAAAGAGCGGCUCAGUUGAAGUUUUACUUGGAAGAUCCACUUAAUUUUGAGGCUCUUUCUCUCACUUUCAACAAGUCAAGUAGAUUUGCUAGAUUGCAGAGCAUUCAGCCUGCUAUUGCUGGCAAGAAUUUGUACAUUAGAUUCCGUUGCAGUACAGGUGAUGCCAUGGGGAUGAACAUGGUAUCAAAAGGUGUUCAAAAUGUCCUUGAUUUUCUUCUAAACGAUUUCCCUGACAUGGAUGUCAUCGGAAUCUCUGGAAAUUACUGUUCCGACAAGAAAGCGGCGGCUGUGAACUGGAUAGAAGGGCGUGGUAAGUCUGUGGUGUGUGAGGCUGUAGUUAAGGAAGAGGUGGUGAAGAAAGUGUUGAAGACUAAUGUGGAGGCAUUGGUUGAGCUAAACAUGCUCAAGAACCUAACUGGCUCAGCCAUUGCUGGUGCACUUGGUGGGUUCAAUGCUCAUGCUAGCAACAUUGUCUCUGCUAUCUACUUAGCCACUGGUCAAGAUCCUGCUCAGAAUGUGGAGAGUUCUCAUUGUAUUACCAUGAUGGAAGCUGUGAAUGAUGGCAAGGACCUUCACAUUUCUGUCACCAUGCCUUCCAUUGAGGUUGGUACUGUGGGAGGAGGGACACAACUUGCAUCUCAGUCCGCUUGUCUUAAUUUACUUGGUGUGAAGGGUGCUAGCAAAGAUUCUCCCGGCGCAAAUUCAAGGCUACUGGCCACCAUUGUAGCCGGAUCAGUCCUCGCCGGGGAACUAUCACUCAUGUCUGCAAUUGCAGCUGGGCAGCUAGUUAAGAGUCACAUGAAAUACAACAGAUCUAGCAAGGAUAUCUCCAAAAUCGUCUCAUGA